AUGAGUGCAAAGAAGUCUCCUGCAGAACUGAAGGGCAUUUUCGAAAAGUAUGCAGCCAAAGAAGGAGACCCAGACCAGCUGUCAAAAGAGGAGUUGAAGCAACUGAUUGAGAAGGAAUUCCCCAGUUUACUCAAAGGCCCAAGCAGUCUCAACGACCUCUUUCAAGAACUCGACAAGAAUGGAGACGGAGAGAUUAGUUUUGAUGAAUUCCUGGAGGUAGUAAAAAAGGUAGCCCAGUGA